GAACUUCUCUACCUCUCGAAACCAUCAGACAUUAAAACAUGAGUAAAAUGGCAAAUACAUUCUUCUUCUUAGUUUCUCUUCCACUUGUAUUCAACAUUAUGAUCUUCAUCAUCUCCUUUCCUUCCCUUUCCAAUGCCCUCUCCUCAUGCAAUGGCCCAUGCAAAACGCUAAACGAUUGCUCCGGCCAGCUCAUUUGCAUCAACGGAAAGUGCGACGACGACCCCGAUGUUGGAACUAACAUAUGCAGCGGAGGAGGAGGUGGUGGUGCCUCCACACCCUCUCCAACUCCAAGCACUUGCGAGUCCUCAGGCACGCUUAAAUGCGAUGGAAAAUCCUACCCCAGAUACAGUUGUUCCCCACUUGUUUCAUCCUCAACGAAAGCCAAAUUAACAAACAAUGAUUUUAGUGAAGGCGGUGAUGGAGGUGGCCCAUCAGAGUGUGACGAUAAGUACCAUUCAAAUUCUGAGGCAGUUGUGGCUUUAUCAACUGGGUGGUAUAAUGGAGGAUCAAGGUGCGGGAAGAUGAUAAAGAUAACAGCUACUAAUGGAAAGACUGUGAAAGCGAAGGUGGUUGAUGAAUGUGACUCCAUGAAUGGAUGUGAUGAAGAGCAUGCAUAUCAGCCCCCAUGUAAAAACAACAUUGUUGAUGCUUCAAAUGCUGUGUGGAAUGCGUUGGGGCUCGACAUCGACGAUGGUGUUGUAGAUAUUACUUGGUCCAUGGCCUAGAUACGACGUCACUUUAAUUUAGUAUUAUUCCUGAAUAAAAAGAGGUUUGGUUUCUUAA